CACUCAAGUGUUUACAAACUUCAGUGCGAUCUUUGCACAAUGACAAUUUGUUGAGAUGUUUUUUCUCACUUGUCGCCGGUUUGUUAUGAACGUAUGGACUUUGACUUAUAAACAGUGAAAGUAUUCCUCUUGUCUUCAUUUAUCUCAUCGCAAACACAUAUCUCGCAGCAGUUCAAAUUAGAAUUUUUUAUUAUAUUUCGGGAAGAAAAUGUUGAAAACUGUUGCAAAAUCCGGUUUUAAUUCAGCAAUUAAGACCAAUUUUGUGCGUGCAAUGAGUGGGACAGCUUAUGAAACCUUGGCAGUGACACAGCCGUCAAAUUUCGUUACUCGAGUUGAACUCAAUCGACCAGACAAAUUUAAUGCAUUCAGCAAUGCUUUGUGGACUGAACUGAAGUCUUGUUUCGAUGCAUUGAGUGAGAAUCCCGAUUGUCGAGCGAUUGUUUUAUCCGGUGCUGGAAAAUACUUUACAGCCGGAUUGGAUUUGAAGGAAUCAUUAACAUGGGCACAACAACUAGCUGACAUCGAAGAUUCAGCACGAAAAGGCCACUUUUUGGAGAAGAAAAUUAAAGCCUAUCAGGAUGCCAUCUCUUCACUGGAAGUUUGUACGAAACCUGUCAUCGCUGCCAUUCAUUCGGCGUGCAUCGGAGCUGGUGCCAGCUUAGUUACGGCUGCAGACAUUCGCUACUGCACAGACGAUGCCUGGUUUACGGUUAAAGAGAUAGACCUUGGUUUGGCUGCCGAUGUCGGUGCCUUACAACGCAUGGGUAAAGUGGUUGGAAAUCAGAGUUUAGUUCGUGAACUCUGUUUCACUGGUCGGAAAUUCGAUAGCAAAGAGGCGCUGUCAUUUGGUUUCGUGAGCCGGACAUUCAGUAGCAGAGAUGAGCUGAUUAAAGAAUCAAUCAAACUAGCAGAAGAAAUCGCAAUUAAAAGUCCAGUCGCAGUACAAGCAACGAAGAAGAAUCUAGUUUAUUCACUUGAGCACACAAAUCAAGAGGGACUCGAUCAAAUUCGUGAAAUAAACCGCUUGAAUUUGCAAGGAGAAGAUUUUGUGGCGGCAUGUAUAGCACAAGCAACAAAAGGAGAGAAGCCAAUUUUCGCCAAACUUUAAGAGAUUCAAACCUCAAGUAAUAAAAUACUUUGUGCCUUUUUGUUGUAUCAAUUGGUUGGUGGCUGAAACAUGGAAUUUUGUAAUGACAUGGAAUAUUUUUUUAUCUAGAAUAUAAAAAAAACAUAAAAAAAUUAAAAUGAAUUAAAUUUUUCAAUAAUAA